AUGGAUAAUCACAAAGUCAACAUCAAAUACAAACCAAUCAAGUCAAACUUGGUUAACUUACCAUCACACUUGAGCAACUUGUUGUUCACAGCCAACAUCAACAUCCAGGAUGUCAUCGUUGAGAUAAUCACCAAAUCGAAACAGGCAAAAUACGUUGGAUGGUCAGGAAUGUCCCUGACUUCACCCCAGACUUUGGAAAUCGAUCCUGUGUUUGCACAAGCCAUCAACCUUUCCGAUAACGACUCAGUUGUCCUCAAUUUAAAGUUGGACAACUAUGAAACUGCAAAUAUCAACUUGGAGCCUGUGACUAGUUCCGAUUGGGAGUUGGUUGAGUUGCACGCACAAAACAUCGAGGACAAGUUAUUAAGUCAAACCCGAUGUGUAUCUAUCGGCCAAAUCCUCGUGGUUUACCCCUCGCUGACCACAGUGGCCAAGUUGAAUGUGGUUGAUAUCGGUGAUGGUGCCCGCACCUACGGUAAGAUAUCACCAUAUUGUGAAAUUGCCAUUGCGCCAAAAGUAAGAGAUACCUCGGUUAAAUCAACAAAGAGUGGCAAGAGCAGCAGGAGCACUGCUGCAAGGGUUGAAGAAGACUACCUGGAAUUCACCCUGGUAUUACGAAGAGGAAUUUCGUUGCCGCACAAGUUGUACAAUGUCAAGAACCAAGGAUACCAAGUAUACGCCAACUUUCAAGAAUUACCCAGUGAACUAACUGCUGAACCUUAUAUUGCUGUGUCUGUUGUUUCUGGUCCUACUACAACCCCAACGAAACAAGCACCCAAUGAUUUCGACAUUAAAGAGAAUAAACGUAUUGUGGCUCGAUUAAUAGAUUGCCAAGACAGUCCCAAAGGAAACAUCGCCCUUUCGUCCAAACUCGCCCAUGCAUUGAAUGUUUCUGGUCAAAUUGGGAACAUAAUAGUGUUGAAGCCUGCAGUCAAGAGCUUGCCUAAACGACCAACAGUAUUUACCAUUCACCCAUACACACUAUCUACACCAGCCAAACAGAAAGAUACCAAAACUCAAGCAUUGAUGGAUGCAAUGUAUCCAGAAUUGUCAUCACUGGCCAUGACUAACUUCGCCAGGAUCCCCAGUGUGCCAGGAGUGUUACCAUAUGGGGGUAUUCUUAAAUUCAGACGGAAUGAGGAUGUGAAUGCGUGGAUUAGACCAUAUAGUUUAGACAAUAAGAAACCAAUCAGAUUAGAACUAGGUGAGGAAUUAUUACGUCCGGCCUCGUUUGUGGAGUUGGAGGAGAAGAAAGAAGUCGGUGAAGCCAUUGGCUUGGAUGCGAUUGUUGAGGAUAUCGUUGACUCAUUCACCAUUAGUCCAAACACAGGAACAUUGGUCCAUGGAAGUAACGGUAGUGGCAAAACCUUGUUACUCAAUCUUGUUGCUGAAAAACUAACAAAUCAAGGUCACUUUGUCAAGUAUGUCAGCUGUAACGGAUUAAUCAAUGAGAACUUUCAAAGCAUAAGCAAGUCCCUAUUCAAGUACAUCCAAUUAUGUUCCUGGCAUAAACCAAGUUUGUUAAUCUUGGACGAUCUAGACAAGAUUAUCCCAGUGGAAAUGGAACAGAUUGACUCCAGCAAGUCCAACCAGACCACGGAAUUCUUGAUUUCCACCUUGGCUAAAAUCCACAACCAACCAAACUCCAACGUAUCCAUUCUCGUCAGUUCCAACUCGCAAGAGUCAAUUAAUAAGUUAUUAGGAGGCUCCCAUUUAAUUGAAAAUUACCACCACUUGAACCCACCCAAUAAACAAUUACGUUUUGACUUACUUCAUCACUACCUAUCCAGCAAAGUGCAAGUUGGAAUCGACUUAAUGGAUGUGGUCGGAGAAACAGAGGGAUACUUGCCCAACGAUCUCAAGAUCCUUGCUGACAGAAUAUAUCACGAAUGCUUAUUCUCCUCAGCACAAACAAUCACACAAGACCACGUAACCAAGGCCAUAACGGGGUUCACUCCAUCCAAUCUCCGUGGGGUCAACCUUGAAAAAUCGCCGAUCAACUGGAACGACAUUGGUGGUUUGACUGAGGCCAAGAAGAUUCUUACUGAGACAUUGGAAUGGCCUACCAAGUACGCCCCCAUUUUUGCCAACUGUCCCUUGCGUCUUCGUUCUGGUAUCCUACUCUAUGGAUACCCUGGUUGUGGGAAAACUCUUCUCGCCAGUGCCAUUGCAAAUGAGUGUGGAUUGAACUUUAUCUCCAUCAAGGGGCCGGAAAUCUUGAACAAGUACAUUGGUGCCAGUGAACAAUCGGUACGUGAAUUAUUCGAACGCGCACAAUCAGCCAAACCGUGCAUAUUAUUCUUUGAUGAAUUCGAUUCUAUUGCGCCCAAAAGAGGUCAUGAUUCUACGGGUGUCACUGACAGAGUCGUCAAUCAAAUGUUGACUCAGAUGGACGGUGCUGAAGGGUUAGAUGGUGUGUACGUGCUUGCUGCAACAUCUCGUCCUGAUUUGAUCGAUAGUGCGUUGCUUAGACCUGGUCGUUUGGAUAAGAGUGUUAUUUGUGACUUGCCGGAUUAUGAGUGCCGAUUAGACAUUUUACAACGAGUAUGCAAUAAUAUGGAAUUGGCCGAUGAUGUCAAUUUGAAAGAGAUUGCUGAGAGUACUGACGGGUUCAGUGGGGCCGAUUUGCAAGGGUUGGUGUAUAAUGGAUAUUUGAAGGCCGUUCAUGUCGUGCUUGAACAGGAACAAGAGGAAGUGCAACCCGUAGACAACCAAACUAUUGAAUUCUUUAAAGUCGAUGCCAAGGUGAAACCACAUGAAAGAGUUAGUUUAUUACAUCAAAUUCAACAGUUUACAACCACUAAUGAAAAGACGGUCAAGGCCACUGGAAAGAAUAAGGUGGUAAUUACCCAUGAGAACUUUGUGGAUUCGCUCAAAGAGACCAAGCCUUCUAUUUCGAUUUCGGAAAAGAACAAGUUGAGUAAUAUUUACAAUCAAUUUGUUAGUGGAAGAGAUGGGAAUAUGCCUGAUGGCCAACCGAGUAAUGAAAUUGGUGGCAGAGUUACUUUGAUGUAG